AUGCAAGUCACCUUCAACCUGUCAAAUUUGACAGGACGAGCAAAGACUUGGGCCUUAGGGCUCAAGCUUCACGACCCAAACGUGUUUGGGUCGUUGGAGAUCUUGAAGUACCGGCUAAAAGAGACGUUUGAGUCGCCAAGAGCUGAGUUCAGAGCACGCUCUGCACUCGUGAUGCUCAAGCAAGGUAAGCGUGAUGUGCACGCUAACGCACAACACUUACGCUACCUUGCGAGUAGCGUCACGGAAAACCCUGUUGAUGAGCACACGCUCAUAAACGUGUUCAUCUAA